AUGGACAGACUUUUCUCAUCGAUGCUAAUCUCUCAGAUUCACUAUGGCCCGUUUAAUCCUGUUCUGAGCGACCGUUUUCAGUAUCCUUAUCUGUAUCAGAUUGCACCCAAGGAAACAAGGCUGCCUUUUGCCAUAGUCUCCUUAAUGCUUCAUUUCAACUGGACCUGGAUGGGGCUGGUCAUCUCCGAUGAUGAUCAAGGUAUUCAAUUUCUCUCAGACUUCAGAGAAAAGAUGCAAGGAAAUGAUCUCUGUUUAGCCUUUGUGAAUGUGAUUCCAUUAAACAUGAACAUAUACAAUACAAGAGCCGAGAAAUAUUAUGAACAAAUUGUGACAUCAUUGGCAAAUGUUGUGGUCAUUUAUGGUGAAAUAAAUUCUACACUGGAAUUGAGCUUUAGAAGAUGGGCAUAUUUAGGCAUCCGUAGGAUCUGGGUCACCACCUCACAGUGGGAUGUCAUCACAAAUACAGGAAGACACUUCAUUCUUGACUCAUUCUAUGGUGCUUUCACAUUUUCUAAUCACCAUCAUGAGAUUCCCAAUUUUAAAAAAUUUAUUCAGUCAAUGAACACUUCUCAAUAUCCAAUAGACUUUUUGGUUAUGACAUCAGAAUGGAUGUACUUUAAUUGUUUGGACAUUGAAUCUAAAUGUAGAUCACAGAGUAAAUGUGCACUCAAUAAUUCAUUAAAAUGGUUAGCAAGUCAAAGAUUUGACAUAGCCAUGAAUGACGAGAAUUAUAAUCUAUACAAUGCUGUGUAUGCCUGGGCAUAUGCUUACCAUGCAAUGCAUUAUGAACAUGUAGAUGUUCACCCAAUAACAAGUCUAUGUGUACCUGACUGCUCAAAGAUCAGUACAUUACUUUUAAAUUCAUCAUUACUCAAGGUCAAAGGACAAGAGGAGAACAGUGAGAAUAUCAAACAAAUUACAUUUAGCCCUGAUCCUAACAAAGACAUCUUUCCUCUCUGA